AUGGGCUUCAAUCAACGGGUGCAUCAGAUUCCCGGAGACAAGGAUUUCGCCAACGGGGCCGUUACGAGAGGUCUAAUGUGCAUCAACGUGCAAGACAUCCGGGUUAGCCAUCCAUCACAGGACAAAUUCGGAGAUGUCGUCAAUGCAACUCUCCGGCUCCGUUGCGACUUUCUUCAUUACGCAGUCAUCGAGGAUGGCGGAGACCUCAUGUUCGCCAAGAUCCAUUUCGACCGUGGAACCGCCGACAACGUUGAGAUUCAUUUUGACUGCUUGAACACUCAAUCCGAGACUCACUUCAUACAUGCGUAUGUGCUACCAAUCAGAAAGGGUGUUGCUGAAAGUUGGGCAAAUGGGUUGCUACUGGAACCCACGGGACGAGAGAGAGGCCAGUACCGAAGAUUGGGCUACUUCAGGGCGUAUGAGUGCGACGAGUUCGAAGCCGCGACCAAAGGGGCAAAUCUUGUUUCACGGCGCUCGAACCAUCAGUUCGCAGCGGUGCUAACUCAUGGGGCAAAGAGUCAAUAUUUUACUGACCUUGCAUAG